CGUUUAAUAUUCAAUGUCUUUUUAAAUUUUCCGGAAUUCGAUUUAUUUAACAAGCAGAAUUACGAACGAAAUAAAUAUACAAACAAAAUUUUAACUUCAUAUUUAUUGUGAAUUUUCUAAAAACAGUUCGUACCAUGGCAGUAGCACCAGGAAAAAGUGACAUUGAUGCGAUUUUCAACAGACUUCGUUCAAUUCCUACGAACAAAACAUGCUUCGAUUGCGGAUCAAAGAAUCCUACCUGGUCCUCUGUGACAUACGGUGUGUUCAUUUGCAUUGAUUGUUCAGCAGUGCACCGAAGCCUUGGAGUGCAUUUGACAUUCGUCCGAUCCACAAAUUUGGACACUAAUUGGACAUGGUUACAAAUUCGUCAGAUGCAGCUCGGUGGUAAUGCUAAAGCGAGUCAGUUCUUCCGACAGCACAAUUGCAAUACAACCGAUGCGCAGCAAAAGUACAAUUCACGAGCGGCUCAAUUGUACAAAGAUAAACUAGCGGGCUUGGCUCAGCAAUCCUUGCAGCUUCAUGGAAACACGCUUCAUAUUGAUAACAUGCAUGUACACACUGCUGAGAGUAAUGUGAACGAGGAAGUCGACUUUUUUGCCGAUUGUGCCAGCUUAGACACUCCAUCCGUAAAUACGGAUAGCCACAAUAAUAAUCUGAAACAGAUCGGCACUCAGCAGGAAAAAAUUCCAAAUUUAAUGUCUUUGGGAAAUUCCGCGUCUGAUGGCAGCGAGACUUCGCAAGGGCCAAGUGUUGAUUUUCUCAACUCUACCGUACCUGUGGAACCGCCUCGAUCAACGAUUGGAGUAAGAAAGAUUCAACCGAAAAAAGGCGCUUUAGGAGGAAAGAAGGGUGGAUUAGGCGCGACCCGCGUUAAGACGAAUUUUGCUGAAAUCGAAGAAAAAGCCAACAUGGUUGAUAAAUUGAAGAUGUCUUCAACUGUACCAGUGGAAGAGAAUCCAGUUAGUGAGGAAGAACAGGCGCAAGCACUGGCAAGUGUUCGUUUGGCUUAUCAGGAUCUUUCAAUAAAACAACACAAGGAAGAAGAAAAACUUAAGGCAGUUGAUCCCAAUAAAGCCAAGCAAAUUGAAAGACUUGGCAUGGGCUUCAGUUCGCGAUCUGGAGUUUCGCAUUCGGCGAUCACUGAUAUGAAAACGUUAACUCAGGAGUCGACCUCAAAAAAUGGGUCUUCCUUAUCUAAGAAUUAUGAUUCCAAUAACGAUUUUUUCGAUGAUUAUUCAACUUCAAUGUAUGGUAGCAAUGCCUCGAGUAGCAACAAAACUACGACGCCCACUUCCUUGAAAGACUUUAGCGAUGCUACAUUGAUGGGGUUCGAAACGAUCGAACCGUUUGAUACAAAGCAUAACAUUCAAACCAUGUUUUCAAAUGUCUCCACUGCGAAAAAUUCUAGUAUUAGUGAUCAACCAACAUAUAGUCGGAAUGUAAGUAAAAAGUCUCCCGGUGGUACCACCGAAUACGAAGCCUCUGAUACAGCACAGAAGAAAUUCGGUACUGCCAAAGGCAUUUCGUCAGAUCAGUUUUUCGGUGAUGAAAACUCUACCUUUGAACGGUCCGCAAAUCUGGCCAAGUUUCAGGGUUCCAGCAGUAUUUCCUCGGCUGAUUAUUUUGGUCACGAUAGUUCCACUGGUGGCGGACGGAAUCGCGGGCCUAACUUGCAAUACAAUGGGCCGGAUUUGGAUGAUGUCAAAGAAAGUGUGCGACAUAGUGUAACCAAGGUUGCGGGUCGGCUCAGCACGCUUGCGAAUGAUGUAAUGUCGUCUAUUCAAGAUAAAUAUGGUUAUUAGGAAACUUUCUUACGUUGCUAUAUAUUUUUGGAAGGUUAGUUAUUUUAAAUGUCACAGUAAAUUUUCUAGAUAGGUCUCUUUUAUUGAUUUAUAUGUAUCACUAGUAUCAGUUCAAUAAAUGUACAGAAAAUGACGAAUUCUUUCUGUUGAUUGCGAUGUUUUAGAAUUUGUAAAAGUAUUUUGGCUUUUCACAAUUUCAGGCGCUCAGCGAGAAUAUUAUUUUCAAUAUUAAGAUUUAGUUUUUGAAAUCGUGCUUCUCUAUGUCUAUAAUUUAUAAAUGAUCGUGUAGUUUGUGUAAUAUCCACCAAAUCUUGAAAAUACGCCGGAAAACCUGAAAUAAUAAAUAACAAUCAUACAUUCUCAAUAGCUGGGCACAAAAAAAACUAAACGAAGGAAAAAUAGAUGAAACCUGAUCUUAAUGGCGUUUUGUUGAACUCUAGGACAAUUUUUGUGUACUACUUAAGAAACAUAAUGCGUAGCACCGAAAGGAUAAUACGAGAAUAUAAUAGCAGUAAAACACUCGUUAUAAACAUAUACUGCAAAACAGAAGAGAGGUGCACGGUAGUGGACAAAAAAAAAUACACCCUAUAUGGUGCAUAUGGAUGGUCAUGUGAAUCUACAUUCAUUCGUUUUUCGUGCAUAAGUUGCAUUUGUAUAGAUUGUGACCGUAUCUGUAUAAAUAAACUCGUCAUCGAAGCGAUGGAAUGAAUUAUAUAUAAUUAUAAAUAAAUAUAUUCUAUAGUUAACUU